UGUCAACCGUUCUGAUCACCGCAGCCAGGUGCACCGUCAAUCUUCUGAAUCAUUUGGAUAUUCUAGCUACUACUCAGCCCGUAGGGAACAGUAGGCUCAAGGCAAGAUGGGAAGCACCUUUAUCGACACUUCGGGCGCGGACUUCUCCGCGCCCCCCGUUCAGGUCACCUUCGACGGCCUUCUCUUCGACAUGGAUGGCACCAUCAUUGACUCUACCGCUGCUGUUGAGAAACAUUGGGAGGCCAUCGGUAAGGAGAUCGGGCACUCGCCCGAGGUCAUCCUCCAGACCUCCCAUGGCAGAAGAUCCAUUGAUAUUCUCAAAGAACUUGCCCCGGAGAAGGCAACUUUGGAGUAUGUUCAGCACAUGGAGGGUCUUCUCCCUAAGAAGUAUGGCAACGACGCGGUUGAGAUCCCCGGCGCCCGCGCCCUGCUUCAGGCCUUGAUAGAUCGUAAGAAGCCGUGGGCCAUCGUUACUUCAGGUACUUUGCCGCUCGUUUCUGGGUGGUUAGACGUCCUCUCCCUCCCCCACCCCGAGCACCUCAUCUCCGCCGAAUCCGUCGUGAACGGCAAGCCCGAUCCCGCCUGCUACUUGCUCGGUCGCGAACGCCUCAGCCUCUCAAACCCAAACGCCGAGGUCUUAGUGCUGGAAGACGCACCCGCGGGUAUCCGCGCCGGCAAAGCCGCGGGUUGCAAGGUCAUCGGCUUGGUCACCAGCCAUACGGUUGAGCAGGUGCUGGAAGCAGGUCCGGAUUGGGUGGUGAGGGAUUUAGGGAGUGUUAAGUUUGUGCCGGAGAGCAGCGGGGAGGGGAAGGUUACUUUGGAGAUUAGGGAUGCGUUGGUCUUGAAGAACUAGACCUGGAGGUUGGCAACAUAAGAACGGAAAGGCUGGGUUGAUUGUGGUAGAUUAGACUUUGGAGGUGGAAUUAGAGGAGAGUGCUGUCGGCGAAGCCAUAUAGAAUAGAGGUUACUCGUUGCUUGUAGACGAAUCGGUUGUUGU